GUAAAUUACUGUUUGUUUCGGUUUGUUUUGUUUGUACAUUGUCAAAUAAAAAUAACAAUACAAUACGAAAGUCUUAUUAUCAACAUUUAUCAAUAAUAGUUAACAGUGAGUUUGCAAUUAUGAUGCAAGACGCCCUUCUAAUACUAUGGAAUUAUACUGAAGAAGAAGAAGUCGACUAUACAAAUAGUAACAAUUCAGAAAUGUUUGCUGAGCAAGGUGACGCAGAAAUAUACGGCAGAAUCUGUGAUAUAGCCAAGAGUCAUCAGAAAAUACAAAAUUUUUUAGAACUCACUGGAUUUCAGUCUAGGAAAUCGCAAACAGUUUCAGGUCUCAGAUCAUACGGAUUGUAUGCCCAAGCGCUUAGUGAAGGUAUAGCUGAGGUUCUGCAGUCAUACAAAAAGACUUUGGUUGAAGUCGAGAGCCUCGUAAUUGGUAACCACAACUACACACUGUCAUUUGUAUACAGUUAUGUUGAAAAAUACCGGGGCCUUUUUAACACAUUAAAUAAGUUGAUUGUCACCAUCAAAGAGAGAAGACUGGUAGGCUGCCAGAUCUUAAGCUUGAUACAGCAGUAUAUUCUCAAUGGAAAUGAGAUGGUGCAUGAAGCCGUUGUCAAGAUAUUUUCCUGUGUCAAUAAAGUAUUUAUCAACCAACUUUGCACUUGGCUGCUUUACGGUGAAUUAAGAGACCCAUACCAAGAAUUUUUUAUCUUCCGCAACCAAAAAGAUGAAUCCUCAGACACAUUCCUCUCAUCGCCUUCAACUAAUACUUGUGAUAAGUCACUCAUAUCUACAUUACAAGACACAACUUUAGAUUGUGGUUACCAUCUAAACGCGAACAUGAUACCAUAUUUUAUACCUCUAUCACUGGCCCAGGAAGUCCUAUUCAUUGGGAAGACAGUGAUUCUGUUUAGUUAUGACCCAAAGAAAAUCAAAAGAAGUAAUUGUUUUAUCACAAGGCCUGUGAUACCACACCAGAAGUGUGGAGCUGAUUCUAGAAGAUUUACCAUUUGGGAGGAAAAAGAAGCAGAGUUUCAUACAAAAUUACAAAAGCUGAAGAAUCCAGAAGUCUUUGAAGUAGCAACUUUAAGAAGUGUUGUUAGAGAAAUCAAGGAAUGUGUUACUAAGCACUUAUGGAAUGUAGCAGUGGAAGAAGCCGAAUUGAUUCACGAAGUGCGUCUAAUGAAAGACUUCUACCUACUUGGUCGAGGUGAACUAUUCCUCGAGUUGUUACGUCUAACUGCCCAUAUAUUAGAGAAACCAACCACGAGAACUGCUACUAGAGACAUGAACCAUGCCUUCCAACUUGCUGCUAGAGCAGUAUUUCUCAGUAACAGCGCAGAUAUUGAGAAAUUCAGUUUUGAGUUGCCCUAUGUAAAGCCCAACAUCUCAGCCAAUUCCACCAUUGAGGAUGACAGCAGUACAGUAGCUGACGGCUGGUCGAGUAUUGUCCUCAAGUACGACUUCAAGUGGCCGCUUCACCUGCUGUUCACUCCAGAGGUGCUGGCGCGCUACAACGACAUGUUCCGGCUGCUGCUGCGCAUCAAGAAGACGCAGCACGACUUGCAUGCGUUGUGGAAGACUUACAAGCAGGCCACCAGCUUCCAAAUGUGCCAACUGCAUAACAAACUGAUGUUUCUAAUGGACAACCUACAACACUACUUGCAAGCGGACGUCUUGGAGACAAACUUCUCUCGAUUGAUGGACGCAAUCGACCGGACUAAUGAUUUUGAGAAACUGAAAAAGGCGCAUGCAACUUUCCUCGCUGAUGUACUGAGCCAGUCGUUCUUGACUGUCACUUCGUCCCAAGAGAGCGAUUGCUCCGGCGACACCACCGACUCCAUAAACAACCCAGUGUUCUGCAACAUCAUGGAGCUCCUCAAACUCUGCCACUCCUUCUGCAGUAUGGGAGAUUUCGCGUCCGAUAAAGAGGCGGAAGAUUAUUAUAUCAGAGGGUUUUCAGAUAGGUUCAACAAACUAGUGAAACAACUGAUGCAGUUGCUAGUUUCACUGCGCGACCGGCCGUGCGGGGUGUUUCUAGCUCGGCUGCUGAUGCGAUUGGACUACAACCGUUGGCUCAGCGGUGAAGCGCAGCUCACUCAGUCCGUUACUAAUAUGUUGCGGUAUUAAACUCGAGAAUCUAGAGCUUAGAAAUGGAAUUGCUGUCGGUUGGUCACCAUUCGAGAUUCUAUGUGUGAUCGAAGAAAGAAGAAAAAAACGUUGUUUUGUAUCCGUAACAAUAAAAUUGAUUGAUUAACAUGCUGUAACAUGAAAAGAUAGGUCUUUUUUCAAAUCUCCUAGAAAAUAACAAGUUUUGUCUGUUACUGUCCUUGUAAAAUCCGAUAGGUUAUUUAGUUUUUAUAUGAGAAAUGUAAUCUUGCAUACAGUGCCAUAUUAUCAGCUAAUUAAAAUUAAAUUCACAAGUUAA